AUGAAGAGGAAGAGAGGCGAGCCUGAGCUGGAGUACGGGGCCUCGUCCGGGGUGGAUGAGAGGUCCAAAGAGAGCAGCGACAAGAUGCAGGGCCAGCUCCUAGCCGCUGCGCGCGGCGCCGACGGGGGCAAUGCCAAGUUCGCGUGGUAUGGCGCUCCAUCGGUGGAUGUGGCCGCGGCGGCGGUGGAGUACGGGUUCGGCAGGAUGAACAACCGGGUCCUUUUCCAUCGCGCGCACGGCGACGACGUCCACCUCUCGCCGCCUCGGUCUCCUUAUGCCAGUGCAAUGCUAGCAAAUGCAGAUGAGAACGGCGAGGCGCAUAUCAUGUUGUGCCGUGUUCUGUUGGGCCGGCCAGAGGCCAUCCCGGCCGGGUCCUCCAAGCUCCACCCCAGCAGUGACAAUUACGACAGUGCCAUCGACAACAUGCAGAAUCCACAGUGGUAUGUUGUUUGGGGCAAGGACAUGAACAUGAGGAUCCUCCCAGAGUACGUCGUCAGCUUCAAGUGUCCCAACCUCCAUCAGAUGCAAGGAUCAUCGGGAGCGAACUCCACGCUAAAGAAGCCUUCACCGGUGGCUCAUGACAUGUUUCCGACGCUUCUAGCAGAGAUCCAGUGGUUCAUGCCAUCUUCCAAGCUGCAGACAUUGCAGGGGACCUACAAUUGCUUCAAGGUAAAUUGGUGGGGGUGCUUAUUAGUAUAGGGUGUGCCAAUAUAAUAGCAAUUACGGAAAGAAAUCUAGAGAAUUGGUCUCUGGCAGGGGGACUCUUGA